AUGACGCAAAUUAUCGACGAUAAUCCACAGGCGGGGUCCGGUCGUCCGCUGCCCAAAAAGGAGGCUGAUCUUUUCAGGGGUGUCGUCAAACACUACGAAAUGAAACAGUACAAAAAGGCGAUUAAGCAAGCCGAUGCCGUACUUAAGAAGUUCCCCAAACAUGGAGAAACCCUAGCUAUGAAGGGACUGACGCUGAACUAUAUGUCGAAACGUGAAGAAGCCCAUGCUCUAGUCAAAGAGGCGUUGGCGCAUGAUAUGCGAUCACACGUGUGCUGGCACGUUUAUGGUUUGCUGUAUCGUUCCGAUCGGAAAUACAACGAAGCGAUCAAAGCUUAUAAGCAGGCUUUACGGAUCGACAUGGAAAACUUACAGAUCCUCAGGGAUUUGUCCAUGCUACAGAUCCAAAUGCGUGACUUGGACGGCUUCGCCGCCUCCCGCAACACGCUUUUGAGUCUCAAACCCAACGCAAAGAUCAACUGGAUGGCCUUCGCUAUGGCUCGUCACAUGACUGGAGACUUGGAAGGGGCAGUCAAGGUGAUUGAUAUUUAUCUCGGCACUUUGUCCGAAGGAUCUGCGGAGCUUGGGCGGUGUUAUGAGUCUAGCGAACUUGCUCUGUACCGAAAUAGUAUUUUGGCCGAAAUUCCAAACAAUUACAAGGCGGCAUUGGACCACUUAGUAGUGUGCGAGAAUAUCGUUUUGGAUCGCGGUGCCUGGUUGAUGCGACGGGCCGAGUACCAGCUCAAGCUCCAUGACUUUUCUGGAGCACGAAAUACGGUGUUGGAUAUGUUCGAACGCGGUAUGACGGAAGACCAUCGGAUCCAUUCUCUCUAUAUGUGUGCACUACUUGAGCUGACCGACGACAGCAUCUGCGACGAAGCGCUGCGACUUUCGGGAACUCUAUAUGAAACACAACUAUUGCCGAGAUUUCCUACAUCCCAUGCUGUGCAAAGAAUACCCAUGGCAAUCCUAGAAGGCGAUGAUCUCCGGCACGUUUUGGAUCAGCGUUGCAGAAAGGAACUAUCGAAGGGUGUACCUUCACUAUGUUCAGAGCUACAGUCGUUCUUACUUCUCGAAGUGAACGGGCGCUACACCAGACCAACUGAUCCGGUGGAUAUCAAAGCGCAUCCAGUUUAUAGGAUGAUUGUGAAAAUGAUUGAUGGGUAUGCUGAAUGUCUCGCUACGACUUCAAAGUUUUCUUCCAACGAUGAAUACGACGAACCGCCAUCAACCCUGCUGUGGACUUGGUUCCUGCGGGCUGGACUUCACGAAAUCGCUGGGGAGUACUCAGACGGCAUAACUCUUUCGGAAAAAUGCUUGGAGCACACACCGACGGCUGUUGAUGUUUACGAGUUGAAAGCGCGACUUCUAAAAAGUGGAGGUGAUAUCAAGGCGGCUGUAGAAUGCCUAGACAAGGGACGGGAAUUGGACCGUCAAGAUCGUUACAUCAACAACCAGACAACCAAGUACAUGUUGCAAGCAGGCAUGGAAGAGGAGGCAUUGAAACGAAUUUCUUUGUUCACGCGAGACGAAGGUCAACCAGAAAAGCAGCUGUUUGACAUGCAAUGCUCGUGGUAUGAGCUUGAGCUAGCAGCUUGUCUUGCGCAAAAGAAGGAAUGGGGUCGAAGCUUGAAGAAAUACAGCGCUGUCGUUAAGCACUUUGACGAUAUCAACGAGGACCAGUUUGAUUUUCACGCGUAUUGCUUACGGAAAGUUACCUUGCGCUCAUACGUGAGUGUUUUGCGCUUCGAAGACCGAGUGUACGGCGAGGACUAUUACUGUGCAGCAGCUUCCGGGAUCGUUCGAAUUUACCUGAACCUGUUUGAUAACCCUUUGGAGGACGAUACGGCUGAACCUGACUAUACAAAAAUGUCCGCCGCCGAGCGCAAGAAGGCAAAAGCUGUUGCUCGAAAGAAGAAGAAAACCGCCGAGAAGAAAGAAGCAGACAAAAUCGAGGCUGAGAACAACAGUAAGAAUGCAAAAGGCGGUUCAACACAAUUAAUAGAUGAGGAUCCGUUCGGCAAGGAAUUUUUGAACAAGGAUGUGCUUGACGAGGCAAGGAAGUUCUCCGCUACACUAGCACGCUACGCUCCCAAGCGACUGGAAAGCUGGAUUUUACAAUACGACGUGGCGAUUCGAAGGAAAAAGGUUCUGAUGGCUCUGCAAGCUCUCUACAAAGCGCGGGCUAUUGAUCCCGACAGUAGCGAGCUCUUCACCAGGAUUGUAGAUUUC